AUGCUCCAGACUUUGGCCAAGACUCCUCAGGUUCCUGCUUCAUCUCCAUUUUAAGUAAAAUGCCAGAGUGGUCCCUAGAGGGGCAACUUUAGAGGUUUUCAUAGGUAAAGCUUUUGCGAAAGUAGUCACUUUAGGGGAUCAUGGAAGAGACCCCUAGAUGUCUUUUUAAUUUUCAAGUAAGAACAGAAAAUCAGAUGACCACUCUAGGGACCCCUCAAGCUUAAGAAGUGUCAAUUUGAGAACCUAGCCCCCUCUAGGGACCACUUGAGCUUCAGAAGUGUCAAUUUGAGAACCUAGCCCCCUCUAGGGACCACUUGAGCUUCAGGCGCGUCAAUUUGAGAACCUAAACCCCUAUAGGGACCCCUCAAGCUUCAGAAGUGUCAAUUUGAGAACCUAAAACCCUAUAUGGACCCCUUAAGCUUCAGGGGCGUCAAUUUGAGAACCUAAAACCCUAUAGGGACCCCUUAAGUUUCAGGGGCGUCGAUUUGAGAACCCAACCCCCUAUAGGGAACACUUGAGCUUUAGGCGCGUCUGGGUCAGACCCUAAACCCCUAUAGGGACCCCUCAAGCUUCAGGCGCGUCAAUUUGAAAACCCGAACCCCUAUAUGGACCACUUGAGCUUCAGGGGCGUCUAUUUGAGAACCUAGACCCCUAUAGGGACCACUUGAGCUACAAGGGCUAAGGAAUCAGACCGUAAAUCCCUAUACGGACCACUUUAACUUUACCCCUCUAGGGACCACUUGAAGAACAAUCAAGUUUGAGAAUUUAGCAUAAGCUUGAAACAGUAAAUUAUUGAAUCUCAGGAUUUUUUGAAUAAAUUUUGAGUUUUUCAGAAUCGCAAAAUGAGCAUCGCCUCUCAGAGAAAUCAAUAUAGAGGUAAUAUUUUUUUUAAAAAAAGUGGGAUUAUUGAUUUUUCCAGAAAUGACCCUACCGUCGAGAGAACCUGAACACCGUUAUUCCAGGCAAAAUUCGCAGGUAAAACGGAAAUUUAGGCCUGAAAAUAGAAAGAAUUCCAGAAAAAACGGCAAAAAAUUGGGUUAUUCGUUCUUUUUUGGUGUGAAAAUUGAGUUUUCCGGCUAUUUAUGAACCGAUUUUCAACAAAGUAUUGAAGAAAAAGAGAGAAAUUUGAACAGGAAGUGACAAAAAUUAGUUGAAAAGAGAAUUUUGUCAGUGGAGCGCACAAGGAAGCGUAAAUUUCGAGUUCAUUGGGCUUUCUCAUCGAUUUUUAACGAAAUAAAACAAAAAAUUGGAAGGAAUUUGAAAGAAAAAAAUGGCAAAAAAACCGGUCAAAAUGAGAUUUUAUCAGUGGAGCGCACAAGCCGGCGGAAAUUGAGAAAUUUUUGGAUUUUUUUAGAAAAAUUUUUUUUCUGACAGAAUUUUGAAAGAUAGGUAAAUUUUGAGGUGUGUGAUAUUUUCCGUUCUGGACAUCAAGAAAAAAAUGGCAAAAAAAUUGGGUAAAACAAAAUUUUAUCAGUGGAGCGCACCUGGCGGCAAAAAAAUCUUUUUGGGAUCUUCACCGAAUUUAGACGAUAUAAAAAAAGUAAAAAAAUUGAAGGGAAUCUGAAGAAAAAAAUGGCGAAAAAAAUUGGUUAAAAACAAGAUUUUAUCGGUGGAGCGCACUAGCCGGCGGAAAUUGAGAUAUUUUUGGAUUUUUUUGAAAAAAAUUUUUUUUUCAUUUUUAAAUAGAGUUUGAAAAAAAUAGAUAAAAUUGAAGGUUUACGAUAGUUUCCGUUCUGGACAUGGCCGACCAAGAGAUUUCCAAAGAUUUCACCAAGGAUCUUCCCUGAAUGAAUCGGAAAAAGAAAUUUUGUGAGUUUCAGGGAUUUUUUUCCAGAAUUUAUUUAGAAAAUUUCAGGUUUCCUACAGUCCCAAUCGCAUUUCUGACGAUUCCGACGACGAGAUUUCAAAUCGUCGAGAAGAAAAUUAUGUGUGUAGUUUUUAAAAUUGAAAAAAUUGUGCUCGAAAUGAUCCAAAAUAAGCAAAACAAGAAGUUUUUCAUCCUUCUAGCUGGUCUCAAACAUGAAUACAGCAAAUAAGACUUUGAAAAAUAAUUUUUGAAAAAAAUUAUCGCUGGAGCGCAUUUGGUAGCCGAAAUUCAUUUUUUAAGUGACUUCACAGUUUCUUGACUUUUAUUUGAACAAAAAUGAGCAAAAAACGAGCUCUAUCUCCUUUUAAUGAACCUCAAGCAUAAAUAUAGGAAAUAAGGAUUUGAGAAGGUUUUGUUAAGGAAAAAUUAUCGAUGGAGCGCGUUUGGUAGACAAAAAUCAUUUUUUAAGCGAUUUUACAGUUUCUUGAAUUUUAUUUAAACCAAAAUGAGCAAAAAACGAGCUCUAUCUCCUUUUAAUGAACCUCAAGCAUAAAUAUAGGAAAUAAGGCUUUGAGAAGGUUUUUUUAAGGAAAAAAAUUAUCGAUGGAGCGCGUUUGGUAGACAAAAAAAUCAUUUUUUUAAGCGAUUUUUACAGUUUCUUGAAUUUUAUUUAAACCAAAAAUGAGCAAAAAAACGAGCUCUAUCUCCUUUUUAAUGAACCUCAAGCAUAAAUAUAGGAAAUAAGGCUUUGAGAAGGUUUUUUUAAGGAAAAAAAUUAUCGAUGGAGCGCGUUUGGUAGACAAAAAAAUCAUUUUUUUAAGCGAUUUUACAGUUUCUUGAAUUUUAUUUAAACCAAAAUGAGCAAAAAAACGAGCUCUAUCUCCUUUUUAAUGAACCUCAAGCAUAAAUAUAGGAAAUAAGGCUUUGAGAAGGUUUUUUUAAGGAAAACAAUUAUCGAUGGAGCGCAUUUGGUAGUCAAAAAUCAUUUUUUAAGCGGUUUUACAGUUUCUUGACUUUUAUUUGAACCUAAAUAAGCAAAAACCGAGCUCUAUCUCCUUUUAAUGAACCUCAAGCAAAAAUAUAGCAAAUAAGACUUUGAGAAGGAAAAUAUGAGAAAAAUUAUCGAUGGAGCGCACUUGGUAGGCAAAAAUCAUUUUUUAAGCGAUUUUACAGUUUCUUGAAUUUUAUUUAAACCAAAACGAGCAAAAAACGAGCUCUAUCUCCUUUUAAUGAACCUCAAGCAUAAAUAUAGGAAAUAAGGAUUUGAGAAGGUUUUGUUAAGGAAAAAUUAUCGAUGGAGCGCGUUUGGUAGACAAAAAUCAUUUUUUAAGCGAUUUUACAGUUUCUUGAAUUUUAUUUAAACCAAAAUGAGCAAAAAACGAGCUCUAUCUCCUUUUAAUGAACCUCAAGCAUAAAUAUAGGAAAUAAGGAUUUGAGAAGGUUUUGUUAAGGAAAAAUUAUCGAUGGAGCGCGUUUGGUAGACAAAAAUCAUUUUUUAAGCGAUUUUACAGUUUCUUGAAUUUUAUUUAAACCAAAAUGAGCAAAAAACGAGCUCUAUCUCCUUUUAAUGAACCUCAAGCAUAAAUAUAGGAAAUAAGGCUUUGAGAAGGUUUUUUUAAGGAAAAAUUAUCGAUGGAGCGCGUUUGGUAGACAAAAAUCAUUUUUAAGCGAUUUUACAGUUUCUUGAAUUUUAUUUAAACCAAAAUGAGCAAAAAACGAGCUCUAUCUCCUUUUAAUGAACCUCAAGCAUAAAUAUAGGAAAUAAGGAUUUGAGAAGGUUUUUUUAAGGAAAAAUUAUCGUUGGAGCGCGUUUGGUAGACAAAAAUCAUUUUUUAAGCGAUUUUACAGUUUCUUGAAUUUUAUUUAAACCAAAAUGAGCAAAAAACGAGCUCUAUCUCCUUUUAAUGGACCUCAAGCAUAAAUAUAGGAAAUAAGGCUUUGAGAAGGAAUUUUCAAGAAAAAUUUUCGAUGGAGCGCAUUUGCUAGGCAAAAAGAAUUUUUUGAACGAUUUUACAGUUUCUUGACUUUUAUAUGAACCAAAAUGAGCAAAAAACGAGCUCUAUCUCCUUUUAAUGGACCUCAAGCAUAAAUAUAGCAAAUAAGACUUUGAGAAGAAGUUUUCAAGGAAAAUUAUCGAUGGAGCGCACUUGGUAGGCAAAAAUAAUUUUUUAAGUGACUUUACAGUUUCUUUAUUUUUUUUUUAAGCCUAAAAUUUUUUUUUACGUGAUAUAUCGUGCGCAUUAGCCUUUCAAAAAUAAUUUUCAAAAAUUUUUUUUUUUCAACGCAUUUUUUUGAAAUUGAGCUUCUAGGGAUAGACAGAACGUACAGAAAAAAAUGGAAAAAAAGGGAAAUUUUUUUGAAGUUUUUUUCUAAACCUCUUCCUUCAGCACACUCUUUUUGAUCAUAAUUUUGGUAAUUUAUUCAAAAAAAUCGGAAAAAUUUGUAUUUUAGCCCUUUUUUUUGAUGCUUUUUUUGUCAGAUUUUCCGAAAAGAAAAUGCAAGGAAAUUUUUUUUAUUUGAAAAUUCAAGAUUGAGACGAUUUUUUUCUUACAGAUGAACAGCUCCACAGAGUCGGAUUAUAUCGAAAAUCGGAAAAAUGUCUCCUCACAACCGGCCGCCAAAAAAUCCCACCACGGCGAAUCGAUCCGAUACAAAAAUUCUCAUUUCGAAGAGGUAGACUUAAAAAUUUACCCAGAAUCUCAAGAAAAAUGGAUUUUUUUAGAGAUCCCGGUCCUCGAUUCAAUCGAAAGGGUCCAGGAAAACCAGGACUUCGUCUUCGAGCGAUGAGGAGGGGUAAGGGACUGGAAAAGUAGAAAAAAUUCAGAAAAAAGGCUAUUUUUGGCUUGAAAAAGAAGUUUUAUGUGAAAGUUUAUCCACUGUGGGAUGAGUAAAAGUUGAAAUUUAUGUAUUUAUCUCAAAAAAGGCUUGGAAAUUUGGUAAAUUCAGUGAUAAGAAGUAAAAGAAAUUUAGGAGUUUCAAGGGUUUUUCAUAGAAAAUUUUUGGAAAAUUGAGCAAUUUCGAGGAAAAAAGGUUCAAAUUUCCCUCUUUUUGAAUUUUUUGUGAGUUCAUUCACUGCUGCAUAAAAAAAUAUAGGAAUUUCUGGCCUUUUUUUUCCAAAAUUAGGUAAAAUUAGUUUUAUGAAGUAGAUAAAUUUGAGAUUUUCAAGGGUUUCUCACAGAAAUUUUGAGAAAAAUCAGCCCAAAAAGGUUCGAAUUUUCCACUAUUAAUGUAUUUUUUUCGGAAUUUGAUGCAUGAGAAAAAUUUUUUUAAGAAUGAAAUUUUUUUUGCAAAAGAUGGGGAAAGUGGGUAUUUUCAGUGAUAAGAAAUAGAGAAAUUUGAGAAUUUCGAGAUUUUUUUCACAGAAAAGUUGUGAAAAAAACCAGCUCAAAAUGAAUUUUUUCGAGAGAAUAGUUGGAAAUUGUUGCAUUUUUAGUGUUAAAAAGAGGGAAAAACUGGAAUUUUAGGGAUAAAAAAAUAAUAAUUUUCAUCAAAUUUGGCCGUGAAAAUGUUAAAAUUCAUCAUUUUAAUGGUAUUUUAAUGGAAUUUUUUUCACAUUUUUUUACUCUAAAAAAAUAGUAUUUUUUUAGCUUUGAAAAAAAGUUUGCUUUGGAAGUUCAUUCACCCCUUCUUAGGCGAAUUUGAAAAAUUCCUUGAUUUUUUUCUUCAGAAAAAAACACGAAAUUCGGGUUUUCUCAGUGAUAGGAAGUAGAGAAAUUUGAGCUUUUUUUACAGAAAAAAAUUGUCAAAAAUUGAGCAAUUUUUCGGCAAAAAAAGGGUUUUUGCUUUUGAAAAAUGAAGAAAUUCAUCAUUUUAAUGGUAUUUUUAAUAGAACUUUACUCGUUUUCAAUGAUGAUUUUUCGAUUUUUUUUUGGUCAAAAACAUCAAAUUUUCGUUGGAAAUGAGUUGAAAAUUAUAACUUCCGUGGAUAAAAAUGAAAAAUCCACGUUUUAUUCGAUGAUUACUGGCUCUUUUUCGGCUCUAGAGUCAUUUUAAAGACAUAAUAUUCAUUUCCAGGUCUCACCGGAGCCGACCUCAGCCCAAUCGCGAGCUCGAGAUCAACCGCGUCGAGCAGGAGCUUCUGGAAAUCCGGGAAAGACGCGAAACGCUGCUCAAGAAGCAGGAGAUGAACGCCAAGGAGCGCGAGUUGGAGCUCCGGAUGAAGAAGCUUGAGGUGGCUGAAAUUCUAGUGGCCUUUUAAGGGUUUUGACCGUUUAGUGACCACUUGAGAGGCUAAAAUCUGUAGAAGUCCAAGUGGGAAUCCUUGAGCGCUAAAAACUACUAUAGUGGACACUUAAAAGCAAACUAAGGCUUCUUUAGAGUUGGUGGCCACUUUAGGGUCCUCUCAGUUUCAAGAUUAUUCGCUUGGAAAAUUCCCAGUGAGCACUUUAGGGAUUUGAAGUUUUAGUGGGGCCUCUUUAGAAGUCCAUUUGUACUACUUGACCUUUAAAACUACUAUAGUGGCCACUAAGACCUAAAAUAGUGGCUUCUACACAGUUGGUGGCCACUCUAGUGUCCUCUCCCAGUAGCCCUUGAGGUACCUCUUAAGUGGCCACUAAGGUUUUUCAAAGUACUUUGAAAACCCGAAUCGAAAUGAAGUUAAUAGAAGUUGUACUGCAGAUUCUUGUUCAGUUUUGAAAUCAUUCACUUGGAAAGUUUCCAGUGGCCACUCAAGGGUUUGGGCGUUCUAGUGGUAAUUACAGUAGUCGAAUUAGUGUGCACUUAAGUAGCCUCGUUAGAAGUACAAGUUUUUAGUCCUGAAAAAGGCGUUAUUAGACUUUGGAAGCCGCUAAAGCUCCUUCUUAAGGGUUUCGACGUUUAAGUGGUCAAUACAGUGGUUGAAUUAGUGGCCACUCAAGGGGUUUGAAUCAAGGGGCCUUUUCAGAAGUCAAAGUGGUACUACUAGACCAUUAGAAAACUACUAUAGUGGCCACUAAGGGGUGGUCUUAGUGACCACUUUAGUGUCCUCUCCAAUUGAUGCUUGAGGGACCUCUUGAGUGAUUUUCGGAGAGAUGAGAGUUUUACUGUAGUUUUGAGAUUUUUUUUGUUGGAAUCUGCAAAAAAUUCAAGAUUACUUCAUUUUUAAACGAAAAAUUAAAAGAUUUCCCAAAUUAUGACAUUUUUUGAUUUUCUGAACUUCUUUUUCCAUUUUGAUCAUUUUUAAAGGAACAAAAGUUUCUUCGAAACAAAUUUUUGAGCUUCUUCCGAAUUUGAAGGAAUCACCGAAGCUUUUAGGAACGCGAGAAAGCGGUUAGGGAGGCCGAGAAACGGGAAAGUCAGCGAAAGACGAAAGAAAUGGCGCCGAUUCAAAAUCUGUGGAUGCGGGACAAUUGCGAGGCGGCCAUGGAGGACGGCGACGCCAACGAUUCCAUCAUGGAGACGAUCAUUCAAGGUUUUCUAGAAAAAUUCUAUAUUAUGAGCAAUAAUGAGCAAAAAUGAGUGGCUAGAUUUUUAAAAAUUGAAGAAAGUUAUUCUACACCUUGUGAGGAACUUUGGUUGAGAUCCGUUGAUUUUUUUGCAGAGAUAUGAGUUUUUAAAGCUUUCUACCGUAAUCCUUGCUACCGUAACUCGAAAUUUUUUUUUCUCAAUAAAAAAAAUCUUUUCAUUGAGACGAUCAUCAAAGGUUUUCGAGGCGAAAAGUGAGAAAAAAAAACCAUCUCUAUUAUGAGCAAUAAUGAGCAAACAUGAGAUUUUAGACUUUCAAAAAUUGAAGGAGAUUAUCUUGCACCUUUUGAAGAACUUUGGUUGAGAUCCGUCGAUUUAUCGACGGGAUAUGAUUUUUCUAAGCUUUCUACCGUAAUCUCUUUGAGCUACCGUAUCUCGAAAAUCUGUUUUUUUUUAUUGAGACGAUCAUUGAAGGUUUUCAAGGCGAAAAAGUAUGAAAAAAAUGUUUGUAUUAUGAGCAAUAAAGAGCAACAAUGAGAUGUUGGAUUUUUAAAAUUUGAAGAAAAAUUACCGUAAUCCUUGCUACCGUACUUUGAAAAAUCCUUUUUAAUUUUUUUAAAUUUUUUUCCAGAUGCAACCGAAGUUCAGCCCCGGAGCAACGUGGGGAAGAAAGUUAGGGCGAAUGCUGUGGUCAGUUUUUCGAGGGUCCACUUAAGGAAUUUUCAAAAAAAAAAAAUUGCGUGACUUGAAAAUUGCGCCCGAUUGAACCAUAGACAUUGAAAAAAAUUCAAAAAAAUAACAUAAAAAUUUUUUUGCAAAAUAUUGGUUUUUUUCAAAAAGUCCAAAAAGAAUUAAUUUUUGCUUUUUUUCCCCUUUUUGCUUCUGGAAAGGAUCUAGGUCUAUGAGGCUUGCUUAAAAAGUGCGACCGACCCGAAACGGCUUGCGCUAGAUGAGCCAGCGUAGAGUUCAAUCAUAGAAUAUCAAAAAAAUUCAGAAAAAAAUGAAAGUUUUUUUCAUCAAGUCUGCUGUUUGGAUGGUCAAAAUUAUUGAUUUUUUAUUCCUAUUAUCCUCUUUUUCGCUUUUGGAAUGGAUCUAGGUCAAAGGGGCUUGCUUAAAAGUGCGACCGACCCGAAACGGUUUGCGCUAGAUGAGAUAGGAGCUCCAAAAUAAGUCCGAGCCAUUCCAAGUGCGGACGCGAAGAAUAGAGUCUAGAAAUUUGGGAGUUUUAACGACGAAAAUUAAGAAAAAGGUUUAGAUUUUCAAAAAAGCCGUUUCUGACAGUUAUCUUGAAGUCUUCAAUUUUUUUUUAAAGCUGGAAGAUUUUGUUGUUCAGAAGGAAGAAGGAGUGGUACGGCGGCAGAGCCCGAGAUUCGCCGGGCAGAAUGCCAAAAAACCCGUCGGACCGUCGAAAUUGGCGGCUGGCGCCACGCCAAAAAGACCCGCCGUCGAGAAGAAAAAGGCUGUUCGAGCCAAGAAAGGUACAUGCCUGAAAAACUCUAGUGGCCACUUGAGAGGCCCCUCAAGGACUACUCAAGAAAGCUCCCAUAAAAAGUUUUAAAACUAAACAGGAAUUUACAGAAAGACUUCUAUUGCUUUUACACUUAGAAUGACAUUAUACAAAAAUCACUUAAGAGAUCCCUCAAGGACUUCUUGGACAGGGCAAUAAAGGGGCCACUUAAACAAGCUCUCUAGUAGCCACUUUUUGAGACUUAGUGGUCAUUAUAGUAGUUUUUAAUGAUCUAGUAAGGCCCCUUGAACUUCUAGGCUGCUCAAGUGGCCACUUAUUCGAUUAUUAUAGUGGCCACUAAAACGUAACAUCCCUCAAGAGGCCACUAGAAAUUUUUCAAAUGAAUGAGUAUGGAACUAAACAAGAAUCUACAGUACAGCUUCCAUUAUUUUAGUUUGAUUCAGAUUUUUAGCAAAAAACUCUAGUGAUCACUUAAGAGGUACCUCAAGGAUCACUUGGAGAGGGCACUAAAGGGGCCACUAAAACCACCUCUAUAGAAGCCACUUUUUGGGUAUUAGUGGCCAUUAUAGUAGUUUUAGUGACCUCAGACUUCUGAGAAGGUCUCUAAUCUUUAGCCACUUAAGGGGUCACUAACUCGACUACCAUAAUGGCCACUAAAACGUCAAAACCACUAUAGUGGCCACUUUGAAAGACGGAUAACCUGAAAAAAACUCUAGUGGCCACUUAAGAGGCUCCUCAAGGAAUCCUUGGAGAGGUCACUGAAGGGGCCACUUAAACAAGCUCUAUAGAAGCCACUUUUUGAGUCUUAGUGGCCUCUAUAGUAUUUUUUAAUGGUUUAGUAGUACCCCUUGGACUUCUAGGCUGCUUAAGUGGCCACUUAUUCGACCACUAUAGUGACCACUUAAACGUCAAAAACCCUGAAGUGGCCACUAGUGUCCUUCAGGAUCCCUCAGAAGGGCUUAUUUCGGAAAUCGGUUCACCAAAAAAAAAAAUGAAUUUUUGAAGCUCUCAACUUUUUUUUCCAUUAAGAAACGACGCCUCAACCGCCGCCCAAAAAACGGCUGAUUUGGCCAAAACGCGACGUUGACAAGCUUAAGGUUGAAAUUUGACCUUAAAAGGGACCUUUUUCAUAAUUUUCCGGUUCAGCUGACCAUACGGACGAAAAAGCCGACGGGAAGCGCCGAGGACUGGGAAAUGGUCGCCAAACUCUUGGCCAAAACCAACGCCACUGGCGAGGAUUGUCGACAGGUAACUGGAAAAUGGGGAUUUCGGGACAGGAAAAUGAGAUUUUGACAAGAAUUUGCAUCGAAAAUAUAGAUUCUGAGAUGAAAAUUGGCAGUGGAAAAGGGUUUUUGUGAAGAAUGAGCUGUUAGUUUUACCUCAUCCCCGUUUAUCUGACCUGUCUGCGCCCUCUUUUCUCUCACCGGCGAGUUCUAGAAAAAUGAGAAUAGCGUGUAAAAUAGAGAGAGAGAGCAGAGAAAUGAGACUUCUUGAGAGAAGGAGAGAGAUUAGAGAAGUGAGAGUUUUUUAGAGAAAGAGAGACAGCUAAGAAGUGAGAGUUAAAAAGAGAAAAAGAGGGGGAGGGAGAGCAGAGAAAGAGUAGAGAGAGAGAGCAGAGCAGAAAGAGUAGAGAGAGAGAGAGAGAAGAAAGAGAGAGAGCAGAGAAGUGAGAGUUUAUAAAGAGAAAGAGAGGGAGAACAGAGGAAAGGAGAGUUUUCAAGAGAGAUAGCGGAGAAAGCAUUGAAAUGGGAAGUUUUAAGAGAACGAGAAAGAGAAGAGAUAUGAGGGUUUUAGAGAAAAAUAAUGAUAUGAGGGAAAAGAGAAUUUGUUAAGAAAAAGAAAGAGCAGAGAAAGGAAAGUCUUCUAGAAAAAUAGAGAGAGAGAGAAUGCAGAGAAAUGAGAGAAUAUUGAGAGAAAGAGAGGGAGAGCAAAGAAAUUGAAGGUUUCAAAAUAGAAAGAGGGAGCAGAGAAAUGAGCGUUUUCAAAAGAGACAAAGAGCAGAGAAAUGAGAGAAAAAUGGAGAGUAGAGAAAUGAGAGUAUAUUAAGAGAAAGAGAGGGAGUAGGGGAAGGCGAGAUCUCAAAAGAAAGUGAGAAAGCGCAGAGAAACAUAGAAAAAGAGCAGAAAAAUGAGAGUUCAUUAAGAGAAUGAGAGAGAGCAGAGAGAUAAGCGCUUACAAGAGAAAUAGAGAAAGAAAGAGAGAACAGAGUAGUGAAAGAUCUAGCAAACUAGAGAGCGCAGAGAGAGAUUAGAGAAAUGAAAGUGUACAAGAAAAAAGGAGAGAGGUAGAGAGUACAGAAAUGAGAGUUUUAAAAAAAUUCAAAAAAUCAAAAAUUCUACACAAAAUCCUUUUUACAAGGGAAUUUUUCUUUAAACAUUUCAUUUUACUGAAACAUACAAGUGUAUAGAAAUUAAUUUUUCCGAGUUAAAAAUAAAAAAAUAGGAAAAUAAUGAUUUUUUUCAGUUUGCGAUAUCGCGUCUCAAGUGGAAAGAGCCGACAUUGGCCGAGGAAACGCCGGAAAAAACGGCCGAUUCCGGUUGAAACGCCGAAAAAAAGAUAACAGCCAAGGCGGCCUUCCGGAACAACGAAGCCGAAUUGAGGUGCAUUUUAAAGGGAUAAUCGAGAAGUUUUUUUGAAAAAAAGUUGCGCGAAAUAGCUGAAAAAAAUGUCAUUUUUUUCUCACGAAUUUAACUUGUAAUUUGAUAUUUCCAAAAUUUUUCCGGUUAGGAAAGCCGCAGAAAUGGGGGAAUUUCGAGAAAAAAAGCAUCGGGAAAAUGAAAAAAAUGAAGAAAAAAAUGACUAUUACAGUAAUCAAUAUUCAAAUUGCCGCGGAAAAAACACCUAAGGAAAAAAAAGUUGACUUUACUGUUUCAGCAACAUUUUAUUUUUGGAGGUAGGCAAGUUUAAUCAAUUACUUCACUUUGCUUGGUGAAUAGAAUUAUUUUUUGGGAAUUGAAAUCUUGGUCGCAAGUAGAAUGACUCGAUGGCUGAAAUGCGCCCGACUCAAAUUGACUUGCGCGCUUUGGUAUCGAAUAGCGUCGGCAAAGUCUUGAGCCAUUCCAAGUGCGGCCAUGAGGCUUCAAGUCGGGAUGAAUGGGGUUUAAUCAGACCUGCUGAGCGAGCCCAAAGCGCCCCGGGUUGACCCAAGAAGCGCCCCGGGUUAACCCGCAAAGCGCCCCGGGUUGACCCAAGAAGCGCCCCCAAAGGCCCGAUUUUCUUGUUUUUUUCCAUCAGGUCUUUCUUGAUUUUGCGGAUUGGGUUGCCCCCGGACAAAAGCUUUAACCCGCGGGCCGACCCGGGACGCCCCUGGGGGAUAAUCAGAGAAAAAGCCCAAGUAGAUUUGUGUCGGCGAAGUCUUGAGCCAUUCCAGGUGCGGCCAGGAGGCUUCAAGCCGGGCUUAUUGGAGUUCAAUUAGACCUGCUGAGCGAGCCCAAAGCGCCCUGUGUUGACCCGCAAAGCGCCCUGGGUUGGUCCGUAAAUCGGCGCCCCUGGUUGACCCGCAAAGCGCCCCGGGUUGACCCGAAAAGCUUGUCCAAAGCCCGGUUUUCUUGGUUUGUUCGCCAGGUCAUUCUUGACUUUGAGUGUCGGGUUUACCCGGGACAAAAGCUUCAACCCGCGGGCCGACCCGGGACGCCCCUGGACAGCCCUGAGGAUGAUGAACAAACAGAAAAAAAGCUCAAAAAAGUGAACUUUUCGGAUUUUUUCAGAGAAGGAAUGAUACGAUCCCCUGAGACGUUGAACACCACGGCGGACACCAACGAUGAUAGCAUUUUGGUAGACCCAAAAAAUCGAUAAAAGUUGGGGAAAACGGAAAUUUUCAGCGAGACAUGUGUCCCGGCGACAUCUCGGCCGACCUUUCCCUACUCUCCGGCGUCGACUCGCCGCUUCUGCAGGCCGCCCAAGUCGAAAAGAAAAAGGUACAGGAAGUGACGUCAUUCGUUGGCACUGUCUGACCUGUCUGCGCCAUCUUAUCUCUAACGAGUAACUAUUCGGAAAAAGAUGUCUGGUUUCUCUGCGCGCUCUAUUGUUUACACCAUCUUUUUAAAUUUCUCUAACUGUCUGACCUGUCUGCGCCCUCUUCUCUCUUACAAUUAGUCUAUAAUCGUAGAAAAUCUCGUUUUCUCUGCGCGCUCUCCUGUUUAAAUGAUAUUUAUAAGUUUCUCUAACUGUCUGACCUGUCUGCGCCCUCUUAUCUCUCACAAAUAGCGUAUGAACACGACAAAAUUGAGGAAAAAUGUCUGACAUGUCUACGCCCUCUUUUCUCUAGCAGGAAGCGCGUCGAAAAAAUUUCUAACUUCUCUCAAAGGUAUAGGAAAAUGACGUCAUUCGCCGCAACUGUCUGACCUGUCUGCGCCCUCUUUUCUCUAACGAGUAGCGCGAAAAUACGAGAUGAUCAAAGAAAAUUGGGUUUUCUCUGGCGCUCUCUUGUUUCCACGAUGUUUUGCCGUUUCUACGACUGUCUGACCUGUCUGCGCCCUCUUAUCUCUCACAAAUAGCGUAUGAACACGAGAAAAUCGAAGAAGGAUGUCUGAUUUCUCUUCGCGCUCUUUUGUCUACACGAUCUUUCAAGUUUCUCUAACUGUCUGGUCUCUCUGCGCCCUCUUUUCUCUAACAAUUAGCCUAUAUUCGGAGAAAAAUGUCCGAUUUCUCUGCGCGCUCUUCUGAUUGCACGAUAUUUCUAAGCUUCUCUAACUGUCUGACCUGCCUGCGCCCUCUUUUCUCUAACGAAUAGCUCGAAAGUACGAGAUGAUCAAAGAAAGUUGCGUUUUCUCUGAUUUCUCUGCGUACUCUCUCCCCUUUACGUGCUGUUUUCAUGCUUCUAUGACCUCGACAGUAAGAGAGAAGAGAGCGCAGACAGCGCAGAUUUUUCGGAGUAUGACUUCAAAAUUGAUUUUUUUUUUUCCCAGGGAGGCCGAAGAAAGUCGUUCAUCCCACAGCCGACUGUUGAGUCUCCAAUGGAAUCAAGGUUCGAAAAAAAAUGUUUCAUGAAAAAUAAUUAUUUUGCAGGGACAACAACACGUCAUCGAUCGUGGAGAGGUGAUUUGAAAGAAAAAUUAUUUUUAAUUUUUUUAAAAAACAAUUUUAGAAGAAUUGUAGUGUAAAAAGGUUCCGAGAGAACACUUUAGGAAAGUUUUCUAGGGUUUCCUCGAAGAAGACCCUCUAGGGACCACUUCGUUGCCUCUUAAGGACUACUUCGAAAAGGCGAAAAGCCAUCGCUUUAGGAAAAUAUCAAAGUGGCCACUUAAGAGACGAUUUGAGGCGUUUUUUAGCGAAAAAUUCUUGAAAAAUCCCUUAAAAGGCCUCUUAAGAGUCUGCUUUGAAAAAGAAACUUGAAAGCAAUCACUUGAGGGGUAUUUCAAAGAGGUCACUUAAGGGGACAAUCGGGCCCCUUUAAGGCGGAAAAAUCUUGAGUGGAGCCUUAAGGGACUUUUACAAAAAGGAGAGGAGCCACCGCUUCAGGAAUAUUGCAAAGGGAUCACUUAAGGGGGCAAUGGAGGCGCUUUCAGAAAUAAUUUUCCAAGAGACCCCUUAAGAAACUACUUCGAAAAGAGCGACUUUUUUCAGGAAUAUUUCUAAGUGGUCACUUUAGAGAUGAAUCGUGGCGCUUUUAGGCGAAUACUUUCUGAAAAAUACUCCAAGAGGCCUCUUAAGGGACUACUCCGAAGAAGGCGAGAAGCCAUUACUUUAGGAAUUUCAUAAAGGGGUCACUUAAGGGAUGUCAAGGGUUUUAGGCGGAGAUUCUUCGAAAGUCCUCCAAGUGGCUUCUUAAGGGACUACUAGGAAAAAAAAGACGUCAAUUUAGGAAUAUUAUAAAGGGAUCACUUAAGAGAUGAAUCGGGGCACUUUUAGGCGAAUACUUUCUGAUAAAUGCUCUGAGAGACCUCUUAAGGGACUACUCUGAAUAUAAUCUUUUUAGGAGUGUUUUGAAGUGGCCAUUUAAGGGAUAGGUCGAGGGUUUUUAGGCGGAGAUCUUUCGGAAGUCCUCCAAGAGGCCUCUUAAGGGACUUCUCUGAAUAUAAUCUUUUUAUGAGUGUUUCGAAGUGGCCAUUUAAGGGAUGAGUCAAGGGUAUUUAGGCGGAGAUUUUACAAAAGUCCUCCAAGUGGCUCCUUGAGAGACUACUCUGCCAUCACCCUCGAAACUUGUUGAAGUGGACACUUGAGUUAAAUUAGGUCGCUUUUAACUUUUAAGCGGAAACUUUUUCGGUAAUCCCUCGAGACGCCUUAAGAAGGGAACGUAAAGAACCAGUUGGAGAGUCAGAAAAUUUCGAGCUUGCUUCUUAAGGGAACACUCUGAUCCCUGUUUAAAAAUUACAUGCUUUUGAAAAUUGCGGUUUUGAAUAAGAAAAAAAAAAUGUAGCUUAUUUCAAAAUUUCGAAUCAAAAUCGUUUCUCAGGGAUCACAACAGAACGGCCCGUUAUGUCCAUCAGUUGGUCUCGAAAACGUUUGUUUCCAGAGGGAAUAGUAGUAAAAACCAGGUGAGCUCAAGAGAAAUUAGGCGAAAAAUGGGUGAUUUCAAGACGUUGAACAACUCGCUGGCGAACUGCUCGACGACGUCGGCGGCGAAACUCAAGACGGCUCGCCAGAGGCCAACCCGAUUCACUCCUGUUGAGGGUGGGUUCUAGGAGAAGACUGAGUUUAAAAAAAGGGACCAGGGAUUUCAGAAAAAGCCAGUAUUUUCGAUAUUAGGCUUGAAAAGUGGACCUUAAACGGGCAAUUUUCUAACAUGCAAAUUUUUUUCAAUUUUUUUAUCAUCAAUCAAAAAAAUUAUAAAUGUUAUUUUUUUCAACUCUCUGACAGAAAAAAAGUGAAUUUUUUUCAGUUCAGAACUGGAAAAAAAUUGGCUUCAAAAAAAGUUUAUAUUGAUUCGGGGUCUUUUGAAUGAAGCUCAUUAGUUGAAAUUUAUUAAUGACUUAAAUUUUUUUCCGAUUUCAAGCGUUUUUUUGGAAGAUUUACUGCAUAAAAAGGAUAUUUUUUUGACUUGAGAAUUUUUGUGGGUCCGAGAAUCAUAGGAAUCGUGAGAAAAGGAAAUUUUUUUCGGAAAAAUAAAGAUUUUGAACCUUUUUUUGUCAUUUUAAGCCAGAAUUUGUUAGCAAAUUUGAAGCUCGAAGUUGAAAAAUUUUCGAGGAAAAAUCAGAAAUUUCAAACUUAGCUGUUUUCAAAGUGUAGGCUGGGAAAUUUGAGCUUGACAUUGAUAUUUUGAAAAAUGUCAAGUUGAAAAACUUUCUGGGAGAUUUCUUAUUAUUGUUUGUAGUUUGAGACUUGAAAAUUCUUGAAAAACUAGAGAUUUUCUAGUUUUUUUCUGUCAUGUGAGAGCUCACGGGCAAGGUCCGAAAACGUAGCCCCCAAGUCAUGUAGUAUUACGGUAGCUUGGGGUACUGUACUAUUGCUGUAGUCUUACUCUAGUAUUACUGUAGUUUGCAGUACUGUAGGGUGUAAGUAAACGGAAAGUAUGUACAAAUCUAGAAGAAAAAAAAAAUUGAAUUGAGGCGAAAGAGUGAAGCUUCAAGUAAGAAUAGAAAAGGACAAUAUGACGAAAAAAACAUGUGUAUCGUUUAUUUUUGAUAGGAAAAAUGUGACUAGGAAAAAGAGUAGGUUCAAUAAAAAACAGAAAAAGUAAACCGAUUGUAAGCUCGUAGAUGAUCUUUAAAAAGUUCAAAUUAGAAAAAAAUAAAGGAGGGAGGCUCGAAAUGAAAAAUGAAAGAAGUUUUUGAAAAAAAGAAAGAUUAAGUUAAACAAUCAGAUUGACACUAAGUUCCCUUUAAAAAAAUGUUACUGUAAGCUUUGACUCGAUAGUUUUCGGCAUAUCCUUCAUUUGCUGCGUCAAGAACUUUUCUAAAUGAUAAAAUCGGUUAAAAAAGAGAAACACUGAAAAAUUCCAACCUUGAAUAAGAGAAUAACUCACAGGAGCGACUGUAUCAAGACAGCAGUUCGUGCUUUCUCGAAAUCAUGCCUCAUUUCUUCUUUUCCUUACCCAUCGACGUCAAAGUGCAAAUCAUAUCUUCAAGUAAAAAUGGAUAUACUGUUUCAAAAAAAUAGUUUACCAAAAAAAUCUUAUUGAUUGUAUCCAAAAAGCAAAGUUUCGGUGCCAUCUCCCACCGAUCUUUCUUGACUUUUAUUGAUCGAAAAAAAAAUGUGAGAUGCUAUUUUGAAGUACUAAUAACCUGAAGUCCUUGGUUAAAACAUGAAAAAAAUGCGGAAAAAGACUUUCAAAUUCAAGAAAGGUGUGCAGUUUCGUCAAAAAUAUACAAAAAAAGCUUUUUUAAAUCACAACUUUCUUUAAUGGAAUCUCACCCUUUUGAAACUUCCUGGAAAUAUGAUGACUGUUGAUUGUAACACCGUGGUGAAAACUUAGAAACGCAGCUGAAAAAGUUUCAGAAAGAUUGAGCUCUAUACGAGGAAGUUGUGAGCGAAAAAAACAUUUUUUUCCUUUUUCUGACGGUACUGUAUGAGCGUUACAUUAGUUGUAAAAAUUAACAUUUUAGAAAUAUUAAGUGAAAAAAAUAGACAUAAAAAAAUCAGAGAGAAUCUAACACACGAAAAAAAUAAAAACAAUUCAAGUAAAAUUUUUGAUGGCACGUAAAUAGUGACCAAUCGAUAAUCCGCGACCUCGCGCCGAUAUCGCGCCGGGAGUUUGCUAGAGCUGAGCGAGAUGGCAGCGAGAUAUGUCGCUGCUAUGUCGCGCCACUCGCUGCGAUAUAGUCCACGAAACUGGGUGUUGUUUGUACUUGAAGUUGGAAAAUUCCGAAAAAUGUAGAGUUUGAGAGUUUGAGACUUGAAAAUUUUUGAAAACUAGAGAUUUUCUAGUUUUUUCUGUCAUGUGAGAGCUCACGGGCAAGGUCCAAAAACGUAGCCCCCCUAGUAUGUAUCAGUAGUACUGUAUAGGGGGUACGGUAGUAAUCGGGGCACUGUAUCGGGGGUACGGUAAGAGUUCUAAAGCCAGAAUUCACGGGGGGGCAUCUAUCGGUAGUACUGUAUUGGGGGUACUGUAGUAAUCGGGGUACGGUAUUGGUGGUACUGUAAGAGUUCAGUAGCUAGAAAAAUUACACACUACUCACCUUUUUAGGAACUUGAAAAGGAGUUUUAGAUUUUUUAAAGCCUUUUUUGAGGUUUUUUGUACUUGAAGAUGACAAAUUCCGAAAAACAUGAAAUUUUUAAAAUUUUCCUGGUCUUUAGGUGUAUAUUGGGAGAUGCUAGGAAUUUUAGGAAUUUUUCAAAGGUUGAUUUUUUUUUUCCAGAGAACGACGAGAACGAAGAAGACGAAGAAAACGAGUCUUUCCUGAGCAAUUGA